UAUCACGACAACGAAGUGCUUUACGGUAACAUUUGCUGUUUUAAGUUUGUAGCGGGACAUUGCAAGGCUGACAUAGCCACUAUUCAUUGUUGGUAACUGUAGCGUUUGCCCGAAACUUAAGAUUUCGUCAUGGACGUAGGCGAGCUACUGAAUUAUCAGCCUGACAGGGGGGCAAAGCGUCUGCGGGAUGAUGAUGAUGAUGAUGGUGAUGACCCCAGAAGCAAGAAGGUUGGCAGAGACCUGGCCAGACGCCUGGAGAGAGAUGACGGUGAGGACCCGAGUAGUGACAGGAAGAGGAUACUGGAGAAACUCAUGGAUGAUGAUGAGGACGCAGACGACCAAGAGGGUGAACCAGUGGAUGAGAGUUCGGUGAAGAAAAUGAUCCUGACCUUUGAAAAAAGGUCUUACAAAAACCAAGAGCUGAGGAUAAAGUUCCCAGACACCCCGGGGAGGUUCAUGGAAACAGAGCUGGAUCUGAAUGACAUCAUCCAGGAGAUCCAUGUCAUCGCCACCAUGCCUGAUCUCUACCACCUCUUGGUGGAGCUCAAUGCUGUCCAUUCCCUGCUGGGCUUACUCAGCCACGAGAACACAGAUAUUGCCAUUGCAGUGGUUGAUUUGUUACAAGAGCUGACGGACAUCGACACACUUCAUGAAAGUGAAGAGGGCGCGGAAGUACUCAUAGACUCUUUGCUGGAGGGACAGGUUGUGGCCCUUCUGGUGCAGAACAUGGAGAGGCUGGAUGAGCAGGUGAAGGAGGAGGCAGAUGGCGUCUACAACACAUUAGCCAUCAUUGAGAACAUGGCAGAGUUCAGGCCUGGCCUGUGCACAGAAGCAGCUCAGCAAGGACUCAUGCAGUGGUUGCUAAAGAGAAUAAGGGCAAAGAUUCCAUUCGAUGCUAACAAGCUGUACUGCAGUGAAAUCUUGGCUAUCUUGCUUCAAAACAAUGACAGCACCAGGGAGCUCUUGGGGGAGCUGGAUGGGAUUGACGUUUUACUGCAGCAGCUCUCUGUGUUCAAGCGCCACAACCCAGCCACGGCAGAGGAGCAGGAGAUGAUGGAGAACCUGUUUGAUGCCCUGUGCUCCUGUCUGAUGCUGGCUGCCAACCGGGACCGCUUCCUCAGGGGAGAGGGUCUGCAGCUUAUGAACCUCAUGCUUAGGGAAAAGAAAAUGUCUCGGACCAGUGCUCUGAAGGUCUUAGACCACGGCAUGAUUGGCCCAGAGGGUUCUGAUGACUGCCACAAGUUUGUGGACAUCCUGGGCCUGAGGACCAUCUUCCCCCUGUUCAUGAAGACUCCUAAAAAGAUGAGGAAAGCUGGGACAGUAGACAAAGAACAUGAAGAACACGUGUGUUCCAUCAUUGCUUCCUGCCUGCGGAACUUGAAAGCCCAGCAGAGGACGAGGCUCCUCAGCAAGUUCACAGAGAAUGACUGUGAGAAGGUUGAUAGACUGAUGGAGCUGCAUUUUAAGUACCUGGAAGCUGUUCAGCUGGCUGACAAGAGGAUUGAAGGAGAGAAACAUCUUCUGCUGCAUGGACCCACUCAGAAUAUGUUGCUGUGUGAGGGUUAUGUCUGCUUGCUUUUUGUGGCUGGAAUCCCCCUCCAUUGUUACAGGCAGAGAUGCCCAAUGAGAUCCGAUCAGCCACAGGACAUGGUUAAACGUGGAGAGAUUCUGGAUGAUGUGAUGGAGGAUGAGUUCUACCUACGGAGGCUGGAUGCUGGGCUGUUUGUCCUCCAGUUGCUCUGUUAUAUCAUGGUGGAGAUCAGCAACUCAGGGAUAUCCCAGCUGCAGCAGAGGGUGCAUCAGAUCCUGAACCUGAGGGGAGGCUCUGUCAAAGUGGUGCGGCACAUCAUGAGAGAGUAUGCUGAAAACAUCGGGGACGGGAAGAGUGAGGAGUUCAAAGAGAGUGAGCAGAAGAGGAUUAUGGACCUGCUGGAGAACUUCUAACCCUAACCAAUCCCUGGGAGGAGUACCUAACCAGAACAGAGGGUCUCCACACACUCACAGACAGAAGAUACCAGUGUCCAGCAGGUGCAGAGAAGGUGUAUUGACUGCGCUCUCUGUGUGCUGGACUAUAGUGACUCAAAAUAUAAUAACAAAGAUGUGCAAUCUUAAACUGCAACUCUUUCAGACUCACAUGUUUGUGUUUGAUUUGUGUAUUUUGUAAUAAAAUCCCAUCCGGAUAAGAUUGUUUUUGUGAUUUUAAACCCAUUUACACCUCAUUUCCAUUCUUCUUUUGAGAUAGAAAUGCUUAAGGAAUAAAAUUAAUUGCUGUCA